AUGCCACUCUAUGCUAAAUUUCUGAAAGACAUGCUAACUAGGAAGAACAAGUACAUCCAUAGUGACAACAUCAUUGUGGAAGGAAACUGCAGUGUCGUAAUUAAAUGCAUCCUUCCACCAAAACAUAAGGAUCCAGGCAGUGUCACUAUUCCUUAUUCUAUAGGUGAAGUUUCUGUUAGCAAGGCUCUUAUUGACUUGGGGGCCAGUAUUAAUUUGAUGCCGCUUUCCAUGUGCCGGAGACUUGGAGAGUUGGAGAUAAUGCCUACUAGGAUGACUUUACAGUUAGCAGAUAGCUCCAUCACCAAACCUUAUGGAGUGAUUGAGGAUGUUCUGGUUCGGGUCAAGCAUCUUAUCUUUCCUGCUGACUUCGUUGUAAUGGACAUUGAGGAAGAUGUAGAUAUUCCCUUAAUUUUGGGACGUCCAUUUAUGUCUACUGCAAGCUAUGUAGUGGGGAAGAAAAAGUUAGAAAUGGGUAUUGAAGACCAAUAG